AUAUGCCAUAAAUCAUACUUUUGUUUUUUACAACAUGUAAAACGUAUUUGCGCUAUGGCAGUCUAUACUGAAGUGUCAUGGGGAUUCACAUGUACUCAAAAUCCAGUACCAUGUAACUGAGGGAACUACACAAUGCCUUAACUGUCCCAAGGGUUACUGAAAAGAUUGUAUCAUUUAUUUUUUUAUAGAUCAUAAUUAACAUUAAUGAAUGCGACACCACAAAGCGGAAUUGUUCACUGAUUGAUCUCAACUACUGUGUAAACAUUCGCAAGGUCUAAAAUCUUCACAAACACUAUAUCAACCUAUUCUACGUCUGACAUGAAUUACGCAUGAAACGGUUUAGUCGGUCACUACCCUAGUGUCUUAACCGUUUAGAUAAUUAUAGGCUACUUGGUUCCUUCCUACUACACAGGUUGCCUAUUCACUUUUAAAUCAAAAGAAAGCAUAGGUUAUAUGAACAAAUCUAAGAGUCAAAAGUAAAUUUACAGACAACAGUUUUUCUAAUGCUCUGCCCGGUAGGCCCGGGUUUGUUCAGACCCGACGAUUCUACAGAACCUCUGGCCACCUAGUCCCUGGACGUCCUGCUCAGUCCGUGCGCCAAGCAGUCAUCUCAACGGGGUUUCCACAUGGAUGGCCCAUCGGACCAUCAUCUGACAAACAGAUCCACGCGGAGUGUCAGAAAUCAACAGCAGCGGAAACCGCAGCUUAAUAUCGUCGCCUUUCUGCCCGGGAAAUAGCGAUGAGGAUUAAAGAGACGGACUCAAUAUUACAAGCCCCUAACACCUGAACCAUGCGCAGAUUGAUUCGGGGUGAGCGACGGCGUGCGUGGGGUAUAAAGGGAUCUUCACAACCCAGCACCGGGUGCAUAUUUACCCAUGACAUCUGGCCAAGUUGAUCAUAGACAGAAUAUGGCUCUUUUUGCCCACCCAGACUUUCCUGAGCGUGCAUACACUGACCACAGAGACUUUACUGCGCCUUUUGGAGACCAAGAUGACGGUAAAGACAUGAGAAGUGAUGGGUCUGCCGCUGUCCCGUCGCCUGAACGAGGCGGAUAUAGUGAAGGUCAGCGGAAACGCAAAAGAACCAUCUUCAGCCGUGCGCAAUUAUCGGAACUUGAGCAAGCGUUCGCCAUGACGCCAUACCCAGAUAUUACCCUCCGUGAGCGCUUGGCAGCGCACACUCGUCUUCCCGAAAGCAAAAUCCAGGUGUGGUUCCAAAACAGACGUGCCAGGAGCAUCAAGAGUGGUAGACUCCUUAAGUCAACCAAGGUUGUUCAUGGAGGAUGUGCUCCUGCAGCCUGCCAACUCCGGGCCAGAGUUCGCUCUCCUGGGCCCUCCUCCUAUUCCUCCACCCCUGCCAUGGAGCUGUUCAGGCCGGACCAGAGCCAGUGUGAGGAUGGACUGCAGCAGCUGUUCUGUUCUGACUGGCGCAACCUCUGCAACUACCCAACCUCCCGCCAGCCCCCGCCCGUCUCUCCCAACUUGUCAGAGUCUCUCCUCUGGGAGGACGACUGUCGCCUUCCCCUGGGAGCCUUGCCUGCCCCUGCAGCCAUGCUCAGACAUCCCCACACUUCCCAUCCUUAUCAGGCCUGUGCCGUGGCCUCAGGGUUCAGGAACUACACGUCCCAGAGUCUGGCUGGUGGUGCCACCAAGUAUGGGGCUCACUGUUCAGUGGACCAGGUGGUGCCUUCCAACCCUCAGCAGAUGUACUGGGACAUGGGCCCUGCCCAGACACAGACCUCCAUGGGCUACAUUUCUGACCUCAUCUACAACGCUGCCAUCGUCACCAACUUUCUGGAGUUCUGAACCCUAUCGCUCCUGACUGUGACUAUGCCUCCCCUGAUAUCCACACCAUAAAUUAAAAACUCAUUGCAUUGUUAUAUAUUGACCAUUCUGAAACAGAACAAUUACAUCAAGACUGGAAAUGGAUGAUGGGAGCAUCCCUGCCUUCUCUUCCCCAUCUAAAACUCCUUCAUGACUCUCCUGUCCAUCAUGUGUAUUUGUUUUUACAGUGACCAAACUGUGGUAACUAAGCAGCAAUACUUUUUACAUCAAGUAGUGUGUGUGUCGUUUGCCAUCUUGUAAGUGUGAUAUCUAAUUAGCAAAAUUAAGAAUUUAAACAGUUUCCCGUUCAGUUUACAUUAUGUUCAGUAGUCUGUGGUGUUUAGAAAGACUGUAUUGGCUGUGUAUGUUGUGACCUGAGAAGCUAGCUGAUAUGAAAAACAUUAAGCCAGUUGUUUAGACAAACUUAUCUGGUUGUAGAGACCCACUAUCUGACCAGAGAUUUGAUCCUUGAAAUGUUUAGCUCUUUGGGGAGUAUUAUCUUUCAAAAUAUCCAGAUUAAAAUGAUUCCUUGUGGAAAGAUACCACGACAGAUAUAAUUAUUCUCUGUAGAUUUUUUUCCCUGUAAGUAUGAGAUGGACAGAGGGGAAAAUGAAUAAUAAGAAAUAAAUUAGAACUGGAGCUCAGAAUCUAUCAGCUUAGCUUUAAUUCUGGCUGGAUUUAGGUUCUGCACUGAAUUGUUAUAUGUGAGUCUACAGGACAAAUAUGACAGGAGACUGCUGGACACUGAUCUCUGCAUAUCAUAAUAAUCUUUAAUACCAAAUCAUCUUUCAAUAAACCCUUAAUCCUGGUGUCAA